CGCGGCUGCGCUGCGCGGAGCUGGAAAGAUGCGUCGGACGGGGCUAGCCCUGGGCUUCGGCGGGACGCUACCCUUCGUCUGGCCUCUGUGGGGUAGCUCACCCCCGCCGCGUGAGUGACCCGGAGGCCCGAAAGGGCUGUUCCCCCUUUAUUUGCAAUAACUUUUUCAAACCCGGUGGUUCUGCACGUCCCCGUGGGAAGCGGGAGGGCGCGGAGCUGCGCGCUCCGCCCCGCUUCGGUGCGCCCCGCUUCGGUGCACCCCGCUGUCUUCUUCGCCCCGCUGCCGUGAGGAGCCGCGCCAGGCACUGCCAGCAGCUGCGGCGGGGGGAGCCCGGGAGUGGGGAAGCCGCCGUGCACCCUGAAGAGAGAUUCUUCGGUAAUGAAGUUGGCUAAGUUCGGAGUCUCCAGGCUUUCUCUAGAAGGAGGAUCACCCUUUGCACGUAGAAUCACAGAAUCGCAGAAUGGCUUUAGCUGAAAGUGACCCUUAAGCCCAUCCAAUCGGCAGGGCCGCCACCCACCAGACGAGGCUGCCCGGAAACCCAUUCAGCCUGGCCCUGAGUGCCUCCAGGGAUGGGGCACCCACAGCUUCUCUAGGAUGCUGAGAGAGAAUGCGGGAGAAUUGGCUGCGGGAGGAAAGUGCUGGACAUGGCGUUCCCUUCCCAGGCUGCUCUUUUCUACUCUUGGGCAGCAGGUGGGGGACUGUCCCAAGGAACGCAGUCCCUUCAAUGACCGCCCGAUGUGCAGGAUCUGCCACGAGGGCAGCAGUCAGGAAGACCUGCUUUCUCCUUGCGAGUGUAUGGGGACGCUGGGGACCAUCCACCGCAGCUGUCUGGAGCACUGGUUGUCCUCGUCAAACACUAGAUUCUGCGAGCUCUGCCACUUCAGGUUUGCAGUGGAGCGCAAACCCAGGCCGCUGGUAGAGUGGCUGAGGAACCCAGGUCCCCAGCAUGAGAAGCGGACUCUCUUCGGAGACAUGGUGUGUUUCCUGUUCAUCACUCCACUGGCAACUGUCUCUGGCUGGCUGUGCCUGCGGGGAGCUGUGGACCACCUGCACUUCAGCAGUAGGCUUGAAGCUGUCGGCCUCAUUGCACUCACUGUUGCACUCUUCACCAUUUACCUCUUUUGGACCUUAGUAUCAUUUAGAUAUCACUGUAGAUUAUACAACGAAUGGCGUCGGACCAACCAGCGGGUGAUACUCCUUGCCCCCAAGUCUGCCAACAUUCCCUCCAACCAGCAGUCCCUGCUGGGCCUGCCAUCAGUCAAAAGGAACUCAAAGGAGACAAUCGUUUGAUUUGGGCCAUUCUGCUCUGAGGCUGUGCACUAAGGACAUUUGCCUCAAACUCACUAUGCUCAAACACCAUGCAGAACCCAGCAGUGUGCUAUCCUGAUGCAUAAACUCUUCAUGAAGUAGGAAAUUGCUAUCUGAAUUCAAAUGCUGGACGCUGCAGUCCUAUUUGCUAAGCUACCAAAUGCGUUUAUUUAGCAGAUACUGUGUGGAAGCUGGUGUUAAUACUUGCAUCAUCAAGUGAUGCAAACUUUUCUAUCAUUGUUUAAAAUAAACUGAAAAUUAACAAUGCAAAA